AUGGCUCCUCAUCCUAAUCUCCUUGGCCCUCCAAAAAUCCACCUUUCAACCCCUUCUUCCACCGGUAAAACAGAUCCCUCUAAACCAUCGAUGGGGUUUACGGAAAACAAUUCCCUAACCUUCUUAUCCUCCGGCAAUCCCUGCCUCGACUUCUUCUUCCAUGUCGUCCCUAAUACACCACCGGAGAGUCUGAAAAGUCGGUUAGAUUUGGCAUGGAAUUACAAUGCUUCAACCACUCUGAAGCUUAUCUGCAACUUGAGAGGUGUUAGAGGAACUGGUAAAUCUGACAAGGAGGGAUUCUAUACUGCUGCACUGUGGCUCCACAAAUAUCACCCUAAAACCCUAGCCUGCAACGUGAGGUGGUUUGCAGAUUUUGGUUACUUCAAGGAUUUACCGGAGAUUCUUUACAGGCUUAUUCAAGGAGAUGAUGUUCGGAGAAUCGCAAAGCAGGGGAGACCUAACAUAGUACCAUGGAAAUCUUUGAGGUCGCUACCUCCGCAGAUGCGGAGGCGGUGUCAGAGGCAGAGGCAGAGACAGAGGCGGAGGCCGAUUCCACCAAUGCGGAUGCCGCCGUUUGCACCCAUGCCGCCGUUUACACCGAUGUCGAUGUCGAUGUCGAUGUCGAUGCCGCUGCCGCCAAGUUCACCCAUUCGGAUGCCGAUGUUCAAGAGGAAAAUGUCUAUGACAGAAACGCAGCAACCAAGGGAGAAACGCAUAACUAGAUCCUUGUUGCCGCCGCGGGAGGAGAGGAUAGCGGCUGCAAUUGAGAAUGACAAGAUUAACAAGGAGAAGGCCAGAGAUAUGAGGAAUGAGAAGAUCGUAUCAAUGGCGAAGAAGGCAGUCGAGAGGUAUAGUCGUGAUCCAGACUACCGAUUCUUACACGAUCGGAUCUCUGAUGUCUUCGCUGAACUCUUGGUCGCUGAUCUUGAGUUCUUGAAAUCUGGACAACUCAAAAAUAUAAGCCUUGCAGCCAAGUGGUGUCCCUCUCUUGAUUCUUCCUUCGAUCGAUCAAUUCUCCUCUGUGAAAGCAUCGCUAGGAGAGUCUUUCCGCGUGAUUCUUACCCAGAAUACGAGGGAAUCGAAGAUGCUCACUAUGCCUACCGAAUCCGUGAUCGUCUCCGGAAGGAAUAUCUUGUCCCAAUCCGCGAAUCCUUAGAGUUGCCAGAAGUUUACAUGUCUGCAAAUUUGUGGAAUUCACUUCCAUACAAUCGUGUUUCCUCCGUCGCCAUGAAAACCAACAAAGAGCACUUCUUGAAACAUGACAAGGAGCGGUUCAACGAAUAUCUCGUCAGUGUAGAGCACCGAGAAGACAAAAUCGCCGCCGGUGCCUUGCUGCCUCAUGAUAUCAUAAAAUCCAUAUACGAUGAAGAUGAUGGUGGUAAAGUUGCAGAGUUUCAGUGGCGUAGAAUGGUGGAGGAUGUAUCAAAGAAGGGGAAAUUAAGGAACUGCAUUGCGGUCUGCGACGUCUCAGGAAGCAUGAAUGGAACGCCAAUGGAAGUAUGUGUUGCUCUGGGGCUAUUAAUGUCGGAGUUGAGUGAAGAGCCAUGGAAAGGGAAAGUAAUCACCUUCAGCCAAAGUCCUCAACUUCACAUGAUCAAGGGAGAUGAUCUUAAAUCAAAGACUGAGUUCAUUAGACAUAUGGACUGGGGUACAAACACAGAUUUUCAGAAAGUGUUCGAUCAAAUACUGAAAGUCGCCCUUGAAUCGAAGAUAAAAGAAGAGGAGAUGAUAAAGAGGGUCUUCGUGUUUAGCGAUAUGGAGUUCGACCAGGCGUCGGGGAAUAAAUGGGAGACGGACUAUGAAGUGAUACAGAGGAAAUUCAAAGAAAGUGGGUACGCAUCGGUGCCUGAGAUUGUGUUCUGGAACCUGAGGGACUCGCAAGCGACACCGGUGGCGAGCAACCAGAGUGGGGUGGCUCUAGUGAGUGGGUUUUCCAAGAAUAUGGUGAAUCUGUUCUUGGACCGUGAUGGAGUGGUGAGCCCAAACGUCGCCAUGGAGUGUGCCAUCUCUGGCGAAGAAUACCAGAAACUCGUCGUUCUGGAUUGAUA